AAUGGGCUAAUGAGGAGGUAGCUUAUUAUAUAGAAAACACACAUUCUUUAUAUUUAUUCAAAGCUAAAACUUUAUUUUUUCAAUUUUGUUAAAAUACCCUGUAGAAACAGAGAAGAUUUGAUGUUCUCUGGUAAUCGGACCAUUCCCCUCCUUUCGUUUGGAGGGCAUUGACCAAUCGUGUCCUUUCGUUUGGAGAGCGUUGACCAAUCCUGUCCUUUCGUUUGGAGAGCGUUGACCAAUCCUGUCCUUUCGUUUGGAGAGCGUUGACCAAUCCUGUCCUUUCGUUUGGAGAGCGUUGACCAAUCCUGUCCUUUCGUUUGGAGAGCGUUGACCAAUCCUGUCCUUUCGUUUGGAGCUAUAGCGUUACAAGGCGACGUGCGACUUCCUUUCGGUAAUUGCGGCCAAAGCGAAGGGAAACCGUGAGCUGAAAAACUCCCGAAAAUAUCGUUUCAUCCUUUCCCGAAUACCAUAGCGAAUACCUAUACUUAUUACAAUUGUAUUGAUCUAACUUUACUGUGAAUUCGAGUGGAAAAUUCACUCUAGCGCCUUAGUUUUAAGACUUUUUAAGAAUUUUUCCACUUGAUCGUUGGCAGUUUUCCCGCUCGUCUUUGCUUGUUUCCCUUGUUAUUUGUCUUUUAUUCUUACAGGAUCAUGCCUCCAAAGCCAAGGUUUAGACGAAACGACAAAGGAGAAGUAAUUCUACAACAGAUAAGGGCCGCAGCAAAAGACAAGCAGAGGAACAAGGACGCCGCAAAACCUACGAGUGGUAAACAUCCCCACAAGGUAUAAUAUUUAUACUCUGUAAUCGCUGCUUUAUCCUCAAGCUAUUCUUUAUUAAUUCUGCUAAGCCUAUACUGUGUUACUACGUGAUGAUAGAGCUACGUGAUUUGCUUCGAAUUCAGUGUUCUAAAGUGCGAACCGAGCGAUCACUUUGUUCGAGUUCUAUUGCCUCGAGCGAUGGAAUGACCCCGGUCAAGGGCCUAUUAAAACCUCUUCAAAAUCUUCUCUCAUUCAUUACUUUCGAAUUAUUUACUCUUUAUAGUCUUAUAAAAGGGUAUAGCAUUGAAUAAGUGCAUUGUUUUCUGUCUCGUCACGCCUUUUGAGCGUUCUUUGUGAAGAAGACUUGUAUUGUUUAUGUUUUUAUUAACCUCUAAUUGUGGUCGCAUGCGACUUGCAAAACACUAUUAUUAUAGAUCUAAGAUCGCUUAACCAUUGUCAACAGUCUAUUAUACGGCAGUUCACUACCGAAUAACUUUGUUUGAGCAUUUGCAGAGAAAUUAUACAGCUAAAUUUCAUGCACUUUGAAAGUUUAUAAUGAUAAUAUUUUGUUUUCAACAUUUUUAAGUAACAGAGGAUGAAUUUACUGUCAUUUUAGGUUAGAAAAGAGGCCAUAGAAGCAGUAAACAGGAGGAAUGGUGACGUGAAUGAUGAGAUCGAUGUGAAAGGGGAGUACGAAGUCCAGUUCGGACACUAUCAUGGCCAAACUUUUAGAUGGCUGCUAGAGACCAAGACCAAGGAGAUGUUCUCACUCUGGGAUGAGAUGGUUGUCCGCCUUGACAUCUGGCACUUUAUGAGAAGGAUCUGUAUCUUAGUGAUCCCCGUACAAUGCCUCGGAAGCAAAACAAUAAUUUUCCUAUCGGCACAUAUGCAAAGAAGAAGAGGGCAAUUCUUGAAGAAUUAUGCGAGGAAAAAGUCAAUGCACUUUCGGAGAUAAAGCUUCAACAGCAAAAUAUCCGCAGACUGAAGGAAAAGGUUGAGAAUGAGGCAAGAGCCAGAGUGCGUGAGGCCGCGGGAGAUGCCAGCAAUACUGAGUGGGUGCUGAGCAAGUGCUCACUCCAGUUUGGCAUCUACCGCGGCAAAACGUUCAUCUGGCUGCUCAGUAAUGACUGGGGCUGGGCAGUCAUGGUGCUGGCCAGCCACAAGACCAAGAGGGCAAUUAAGCAUCCACAAGGGGACAGCCAGUGGGACAACAAGGAGGCCUUGAGACGGAUCAUGCCUCCGAAGCCAAGGUUUAGACGAAACGACAGAGGAGAAGUAAUUCUACAACAGAUAAGGGCCGCAGCAAAAGACAAGCAGAGGAACAAGGACGCCGCAAAACCUACGAGUGGUAAACAUCCCCACGAGGUUAGAAAAGAGGCCAUAGAAGCAGUAAACAGGAGGAAUGGUGACGUGAAUGAUGAGAUCGAUGUGAAAGGGGAGUACGAAGUCCAGUUCGGACACUAUCAUGGCCAAACUUUUAGAUGGCUGCUAGAGACCAAGACCAAGGAGAUGUUCUCACUCUGGGAUGAGAUGGUUGUCCGCCUUGACAUCUGGCACUUUAUGAGAAGGAUCUGUAUCUUAGUGAUCCCCGUACAAUGCCUCGGAAGCAAAACAAUAAUUUUCCUAUCGGCACAUAUGCAAAAAAGAAGAGGGCAAUUCUUGAAGAAUUAUGCGAGGAAAAAGUCAAUGCACUUUCGGAGAUAAAGCUUCAACAGCAAAAUAUCCGCAGACUGAAGGAAAAGGUAAUAUUUAUAGCGAAUUAGAGCUACCGCCAGUUGCGUGUUUAUGCCGAAACGACCUUCAAGUUCCGCCCUAAUGGGGGGCUGGAGUUUGCCGCUACACCUAGGGCCAAGGAUGUGGCCCAAUUGGUCAAAAAAUAAAAAAAAAAAGAAAA